AUGGAAGAAGAGGUCGACAAUCGAUUGCCCUUCCUAGACGUACAGGUCACAAAACUGUCUGACGGGAAUAUAAAGACAACGGUCUACGGUAAGGCUACUAACACUAGGCGCAUCCUCCACUUCAGAAGCAACCACCCCGUCGGUGACAAACGCAGUUGUGUCAGGACCCUUUUCCAACGCGCCCAAACACACUGCAGUGACGACGAUGACAGGAAGAAGGAGGUGAAGUACUUGCGUGCCCUAUUUGAAGCCAACGGUUACCCGAGGUCGUUCAUACGCAGGUGUCUCAGGAAGUCCCACUCUGGGCGGUCGAACGAGGAGAAACCAAAGUUUUGGCUCUCGAUCCCCUAUGUGAAGAAUGUUUCAGAGGCAACUUCAAGAAUUCUGAAACCAUUUGGAAUCGGUGUGGCCCAUAAACCAGCAUCAACAAUCAGACAGCAGAUAAUGAGGCCCAAAGACCCGCUGCCGGUGACAGAACAAUCAGCAGUGGUUUACAGCAUACCAUGCCAAGAUUGUGAUGCAAGGUAUGUUGGUGAGACAGGGAAACGCCUCGGUACAAGAUUGCAUGAGCAUCAGCUUGCAAUUAACCGCAAGGAUAAGCUGUCGUUGGUGUAUGGCCACACACUGGAACGGACCCACAAUUUCGCUUUCGAGAAAACGCGGGUGAUCGGUCGAGCCAAUGACAAAAUGGCCAGACUGAUGCUGGAAAGUUGGUCCUCAACUGGCACCCUCAGCCGGGCCAUAGACCUACAUCCCGCCUAUCAAGCGGUUCGCGCGAGGCUCGAAUCAGUCCGGGCAAGGCCAAUGGCACGGAUGAAAGGAAUCACACGGGGCCGACUAUUGACGCUGUCGGAGAGGGAAGGCGCUGACCGAAAGUCACGUGAACGGAGUGGCACGCUAUCUCACGGACGUACUCGCGAGGCCGGAAAAACCACGCCUGAGGAGCUACGAUCGAUCAGCCGGCCGUCUGACGAGGGGGAGGCCAACGAGCACGCCGACGCGGCGGCAACCACGUCAGGCGUGAGGGAGACACAAGGCACGCCAGUCCGCCAAUGGCUGAGUUCAGCGAGGCCACAAUCAGCCAAUGGAAAGCAGGCUAACCAACGUGCGUGCGCUGGGCACGGUUAUAACACGAGGAAGGCGGCAAGGCUGAACAAACCAAGGCCCGCAGGAAACGCCAGCGACCGACUCUGA